AACAACCAAUUUAAAACGCAAGAAUGGCGAGUCCGCCUGUAUCGGGAGGACCCCCGUUAUCUAAUGUCAACAUUAUUUCUAACAGCGUUAAAAAAUUCGGAUAUCUUAAGAAGCAAAAGCACGGACAUAGGCGGUUUUUCGUGUUAAAGGAACAGAGUGACGGACUGCCUGCCCGCUUGGAAUAUUACGAGAACGAGAAGAAAUGGAAAAACAAAUCAGCUGCUAAAAGGGUUAUAUCUCUUGACUCUUGUUUGAGCAUAAACAAGCGAGCGGACGCAAAAUACAAGCACCUGAUAGCCCUCUACACCAAGGAUGAAUAUUUCGCCGUUGCUGCUGAAAAUGAGCAAGAGCAAGAGAGCUGGUACAGAGUCUUAACAGAUUUAAUGAGUGAGGGAAAAGUGUAUGACGGGUCUGUCUCUAAUUCGGCAUCCUCUUUGGUGGGAUUCGACGAGGGAAAUUACGGUAUGAUUACGCCGGGGAGCGCCGCUUACAAGGAGGUAUGGCAAGUGAAUUUGAAAUCCAGGGGGCUCGGUCAGAGCAGAAAUAUUACUGGCGUUUACAGACUUUGUUUAUCGAGUCGGACAAUUAGCUUUGUGAAACUUAACUCGGAGGUUGCAUCCGUCAGCCUACAACUCAUGAAUAUACGCCGAUGUGGCCAUUCCGAUAGCUUCUUCUUCAUCGAGGUGGGCAGGUCCGCCUCUACGGGACCCGGGGAGCUGUGGAUGCAGGCGGACGACUCCGUGGUGGCCCAAAAUAUACACGAGACAAUUCUGGAAGCCAUGAAAGCAAUGAAAGAGCUGUCCGAGUUCAGACCGCGCAGCAAAAGCCAGUCAUCUGGCUCAAACCCCAUAUCCGUACCCACGCGGCGGAACUUAAACAAUUUGCCCCCUAGUCAGACGGGGUUGGUGAGGAGGUCAAGGACGGAUAGCAUGGCAGCCACAUCCCCUGUCAACAGGUUUAAUUCCUGCCGGAUACGGACGGCCAGCGAGGGUGACGGCACCAUGGCCCGGCCGGUGUCUGUGUCAAUAUCUGAGAUAGGGAGCCCCACUGUAAACAACCACAACCACAUAAACAGGUCCAACACGGUCUCCGCUGGGUCGUGUCGGGUGUCGGAGCUGUCGCUACUCCACCACAGCAGGUCCAUGUCUAUGCCUGUAUCCCACUCUCCUCCAGCAGCCAUAAGCCCAGUCAGCCUUUCCUCCACCAGUAUGAAUGGUUCAUCAUCCACUUCAUCUACUACCCAAAGACCCUCCAGCUGCAAUGGUUCAGUCUCCGGGUCACCUAGCGACACAGGCUUCCUGUCAUGUGAUGAUUAUGCCUCCAGCCCAGGAGAGGCAAGGUACAGUCUGGCGGUCAGGAGCGACACGCCCUCAUCUCUGUCCAGCACACCCCCAUCUCGAGAGGUCAGCGACCUCUACGGCUACAUGAUGAUGGACAGAGCAUCUAGCCACUCCCUCAAUAAGAUGCGGGCGUCAAGCAGAGAGCGGCUGGAUUUGGAGAAGACAUACCGAAAAAGAACGUACUCUCUCACGACACCAAGGCAACAGAAGGUGCCUUCCCAGCUGUCAUCUGCCUCGCUCGACGAGUACAUGUUGAUGAGGGCAGCGUAUACCAAUGGCCACUCUGGAAGGAACACACACUCUGCCUCUCCAAAGGUGUCCUACCCCGAGGAUUAUGGGGACAUUGAAAUCGGCUCCAGGAGCUCCAGCAGUAACCUAGGCGACGACGGCUAUGUGACCAUGACCCCAGGUGUGGCACCUAACAGUGGUAAAAAUGACCACUACAUGCCAAUGAGUCCCAUGUGUGUCUCAGCUCCCAAACAGAUCAUCAACCCCAGGUCACAUGGUCAGACUACGGGGAGUGGAUGCACGACUAACUCUCCAAGCAGCGGCUCCCUGGAGGACAGUGGCUACAUGAGAAUGUGGUCUGGCUCGAAGUCAUCUCUUGACAGCUCUGACGGUAGGAUGGUGAAUGGUGACUACAUGAACAUGUCUCCCAUCGACCCUUAUACCUCACCAACGCCCCCAGAUUAUUUUGUGGGUCCCUGCGAACCCGCCCAGAGACCCUCACCCUCUCAGAACUCAGCGACCCGCUCCAACAAGGUACAACAGACCUCUAAAAGUGGAGAGGACAACCAGUAUGUUUUGAUGAGCCCCCAGAGUCAGAGACCAACAGAAGAAUCAAACUACUACGCCAUGACUGCCAACUCUGGGCCUACAUCAUUGACCAGCCCCUCUGCCCCCCCUCCUCUCAGGCACAAUAGGGCAGAGGGUCUCUCACACCGAGGAAGAAUCAACAGGCCUAAUAGAUUAUCUCUAGACACCUUGAGAAUGCUACCAAGCAUGAACGAACAUCCACUUCCCUGUGAGCCUAGAAGCCCUGGUGAAUACAUCAACAUAGACUUUGGUGACGCCACGCGGUAUUCCCCUCCUUCUGUUUCCAUGGAGAGCCAGGGUUCUUCUCCCGGUUCUAGCACGGGCAGAAGAAAGUCUCCCUUAUCCGAUUACAUGAACCUCGACUUGAGCUCACACUCUCCCAAAUCAAGAGACACGCUUUCAGCUCCUCUGGAUGUCCUCCCGGAGUUAUCGCCGUGUCCCUGCCCUCCUGAGGAGGGGGAGUACUUCCUUAGCGAGCAGAGGAGCUCCCCGUGUCCAGCCAGCACGGACAAAGAUGGUUAUGCUGAGAUGAAGUUCGACGACUCCCGAAUCUCUCCCUCGUUCAUCUCCGAGAACGAGGAGGCUGCUACAGUCAGUCCUACUAACAGGGUACAGAGGUUAAGCCUGGCCGAGCAAAGCAUCCCGAGCAUCGGGGCGUUCCUGUUGGCGGGAUCUUCCCUCGACCCCGACAGGAUGGCGAAAGUGAUCCGGGCCGACCCCCACGGCCGGAGGCGGCACAGCUCCGAGACGUUUUCCUCCACCACCACCGUCACCCCGGUGUUUCCUUCUUUCGCCCACAAUGCCAAGCGACACAGCUCCGCCUCGGUGGAAAACGUCUCCGUACGGAGCAGCGAAGGUUCUGACGAGGAGUACGGGAGUCCCAUGUGUCGGGAGACCUCGGCGGGCUAUCAAAACGGUCUUAACUACAUCGCCUUAAACCUCAUGGACAGCAGAGAGAUAGGAAACUGUGAAAACCUGAUGAGUUUCAAAACUGCUGUGGGCUGCUGCAAAGGGGACGUAAAUGGAUUAAAUCCCAACCCGUAUGCCUGUCUAGGAUUCAAGGAGACAGCAACCACUGUAAAAGACUGAACAUCACACAGAUUGUCUUUCUCUCUCUCUCUCUCUCUCCUGACGUGAAGAGGAGAGAAACGGACAGUGACUGGGUAGAGACGGAGGUGUCUGGACUAUGCUGCUGUAUAUGACCUACAACCUUCACCCUCAUCUUCCUCACUGAGUUCCGGAGGGGCUUGCUUUGAGCCCCGUUUCCAACGUCAGGCUGUGUAAAAAAAUGGGACCCCCCCCAACCCCCCCCUCUCUCCUUCGGUGGGUGACCCAGUCGUUCAGGAAAGACGAAGCUGCUGCAAUGUAAAACGCUACAGUUACACAAAGUCGUAUGUGAAAACAUAGGAUGAUAGGUUGUU